AUGAAAAUCUUUCUCGACCUGUCAGACCCAUUUAAAUGUACUUCUCGAAUUAAUCAUGUGCUGUGGACCUUGUGGAUCGUGCUGUGGACCUUGCGGAUAUUACUGCUCUCCCUGUGGACCCUGCUGUGGACCUUGUGGACCACGUUGUGGUCCGUGUGGAUCCUGCUGUGGACCCUGUGGACCUUGCUGCGGACCAUUUGGCAGUUGUUACGGAGGCUGUUGGUGCUAAGUGCUCCCUAUUUGCAGCCGAACCGAUUUGUUGCAUCAUUCCACAAUCACACCAUGGUUAAGCUAACACCCAACAGUUUCAAGUCACAAAAAAUAUAUUGAGAUAAACCGCCUAAA